GACGCAUCCGCCUCGUUGAAAAGGACUUUCCUUUCUACCACACAUUGCGUAGCCGCAAUUCGUAAAGCAACCGCCUUUUGUGUUGUUUUCCGCAAUGCCUGCAAUGUGAACACUUGGGUUAUUAUUAUUUUUUGAAGGGUUUCCAUGCAAGAAGAAUUUAUCUUACCAGCAGAUCGACUCAGUUCUUGUUGGGCAAAAAAGAUAAAGUGACAAACGCAUUUUCAAGUAUCCCGAAGAGGCGAAGAUGGCAGAGCCGUCGUACGUGAGUGUGCUGCGGGCUUUAUGCCGGAGCAUCACCACUAACGAAGCCAUUCGCGUCAAAGGCGAGCAAGAAGGCUACCGAUGCAAGGCGACCUACUCGCUGCUUCCACGGCUGCACGUGUCCCCGCUGAGCAUGCGGCGUGUGAAUGAUAUUGCGACGGCCGUCGGGGACUUUUGCACGACGCGCUCUCGCAUUUCAGCUGUCGCCCCGAACUUUUUCUGUGAGGUAUGUGUCAAGGUGAGCCGAGAUGACCAGUAUAUGGUGAAACUGUCCUUGUUAAACCAACGACUCGACUGCAUUCCCGCACGGGUCUCUCAAACACCGUCGGUAAGGUCUACUCUUCUACGCAAAGAUAUCGUAGCUUCGGCGUUGUCUGUUCCGCUUGCUUCCUCCAGCCGAGAAGAAGGAAGCGCUGCGGAAACGCUGUUCGAUGUCUGGCUACGCAGCUGUGAGCCGUACGCGCUCGAGGAUCAUCUGCGAGCUUUACACCCGAAUCUCGCGGCGCUUGUCGCUCACGUGUGCCUGCCCGCACCGGAAGGCACAAGCGACGAUGAGCUACACCGCAAGCCGGACAAAAACAGCGCCUACGUCCCCCUCACGCGCAACGGAGCCUCGGCGAUGGUGGAGUACACCCCAAAUGGGCAUCCGUUCUGGCUUUCUGCGGAUUCGUUCUGUGAGGUAAACCACGAAAUGGAGACGGCCAUCUACGAAGCCAUUGUCGAAUUUCUCAGGCUCUCGCCCGAGUGUGGGAAACGCGAAGACGAGGAGGAAGGGGCGUGUAAAAGCACGGGUGACGGUGUUUCAACUGCGCUACCAGGCAAGGUCGAAUCUUUCUUCUCCGCCGGUGGAGAAGGCGCGGCAGCUGCACUGUCGCAAAACGCCGUCACAUCGUCGCCUUUACAUUUGCGGAAGCGGCGCGCCUUUAUUUGUGGACGGGACAUCAACAGCGUUGUGUGCACCUUUGCGGAAUACUACCGCGGCACCACGGUUGUCACAACGUGCCCCUGCGUGUACGCUGACACGAAGACGAACAACAUUUCGCACUGCAUUCGGUGCGCCAAGGAUCAAAUUGCGGAACCAUUACGGGCUUUUGCGUUGUCCGGGAGUACAGCAGAGGUUGUGGCGGACGAGCAGGCGAAAUGCGAUCUUUCGAAUAGUAAUCCAGGCGACGCACGCAGCAUCACUGACGAGGCUCCUGAGGAGUUACACUGUCUCAUCACCGCUGGACGACACGGCUUGCACCCGAACACGACCACAGCUCUCAUGGAACUCGGUGCCGCAGCGUACCUCUCCGACCUCAUCUACGUGAGCUGCAACGUGGAGUCGUUGACGCGUGACGUGCACGUGCUGAAGGAGACGUGGUACAUUGCGCACGCGCGUACCUUCGACUUUUUCCCCGGCACUGAUUACGUGAUGACAGUACUGCAUUUCCGCCCCCUCUUUGUACGCGCUGCGAUGGAGCAACGCGUGAAAGGAGGCGGUGAUUUGCUGGUGUUGCCGGUUGGACUGCCGGGCACCGGGAAGUCGACCUGCGGCCGCGCACUCGAAGCCUUUUUUCGUAGCGCUGUGAACGAUGCCGGGCACGCUGAAGGUGCCGGUAGUGCUUCGGCCGCUUCCCAAACGUCACGGCCACCGCAGGAGAAAAAAGUGAGGCGAGAGCGCUUUCCAGCCUCUCCUGUCUGCUCUGUGCCCCGCACGUUUUUUCGGCUGCACCAGCGAACGGUUCGUUUUCGCCACGUCGAGCGAGAUCAAAUUUUCCGCGGCAAGAAGGAGUCCGCCAGCUUGCGGGUGGCGAAGCAGCAAACGCACGAGGCGUUGCUGGCCGCUGUUGGCUUGUGGGCCAAUACCCACCGUGGUGAAGGUGACAACGACUCUCUACGGCACGCCGAGUCUUGCUGUGCGCCGCAGCGACGGGUGCUGUACCUUGACUCCACAAACGGAUCUCGCGAGGCACGGAUGCUCUAUCAGUCGUUGUGGCACGCGUCCAGCCAGACGGCUCGUUGUGGAAGCGGCGACGGCGGAGGCAGAGGCGGCGGUGGGGACGGUGAAAGCGCACCUGCCCAAACCUCUUGCGUCGUUUUGUUCUUCGACAGCCCAGAAAACGCGGAGGAGUUGCUUCGCCGUGUACAGCAGCGUAGAACGCACCCAAGUUUCCCUUCGGCUGUCGACGAUCAGCAGCGUAAACUUGAGGCAAUCGCCGCCGCGCUCAGGGAAGGCGAGGGCAUCGCUGCCGUCACGGGCACACAGGAUAAUAGCACGGAUUGUGCAGCGUUGUCCGAAACGUGCUGGCACAUCCAUGCAAGCGCCAAAGAACACGCUGUUGAGGAGACGAUUGCGGAGGUGGCGGUGACGGUGUGCGCGCAUCUUCUUUUCUCCAACGAUCUCGCGGCGCUGUUGCGUGACGGCGCGUUGCAGCUGCUGCUGCGUGAGAAGGCCUAA